AUGGUUGUUGCCCGUGGUACGAAGACUGGAUCUCUCUACAUGACGAUAGAUGCACGAGGUUCCAUUGCAGUGGCUGAAGGCAGUGAAGACCCAAAUUUGUGGCACCAGAGGCUAGGUCACAUGAGUAGCAAAGGCCUAAAGGUUAUGCAAUCGAAUGGGAAGUUACCAGGUUUGAGAUCGGCUGAUAUUGACUUAUGUGAAAGUUGUAUUCUUGGGAAACAAAAGAGAAUAAGCUUCAAAAGGGUUGGCAGAACCCCUAAAGAAGAGAAGCUUGAGUUAGUUCAUACAGACGUGUGGGGUCCAGCAUCAGUACCAUCCACCGGCUGA